AUGGAAGCUAACGAAAUUCCAGGAAAUCUCGCUAACCAACCUCCCAAGCCCAGGCGACUUCCAGAAGUCCCGAUGGACCAAGAGCCUUAUGACGUCACCAAAGCCCCUCGGAAGCCGCCUCGACAGAGAUCACGUGGUCAGAGGUGUUCGACCCCAGAUCUCCAGCGACGAAGGUCCGGUAGUUCCAGUCUUCAUAAACGUUCCAGAUCUCUGUCGGAAUCCAGAUCCUCUACGGAGUCCAGACGUCUGUCUGUCGGUUUUGGUGACUCGGGGGACAACCCACUUAUCACGCAGAACGGAAACUUGAAACACAAAAACGUAUCAGUUGACAGUCAAGGUAAAAGUGUCGUAGCUAUUGGUGACACAGUCGAUAGCCCAUGUGCCUUUUGCCUCUAUGAUCGAAUUUUUUAGUUCCUUCAAUAUGCAGUUGUCUAAUUAUAAUUUUUUGUCAGUCACAUGUGAGAAGAGUGCUUCCAGUUUGACUCUAGCAAACACGGCAUGUUCUAACGCCGGACAAAUUGGGUACGGCCCUUAUCCUGGAUCUCAAGGAAGAACAGUUUAGAACUGAUAGAACUAUCCAGUAUAAAUAAAGUUAGUUCAGGUUUUCUCCUGUAGUAACACUGGAUCAAUAAGAGAUGAUCCUUACUGGACCUCUAGGAAGAACAGUUUAGAACUAAUAGAGCUAUCCAGUAUAAAUAAAGUUAGUUUAGUUUAGGUUUCCUCCUGUAGUUACACUGGAUCAAUAAGAGAUGAUCCUUACUGGACCUCUAGGAAGAGCAGUUUAGAACUGAUAGAGCUAUCCAAUAUAAAUAAAGUUAGUUUAGUUCCUGUAUCCUCCUGCGAUUUGAGUGAAAUAUCCAAAAAUUCUAAUUUUAUUUCCAUUUAGCUUCUUUGACUACAAGCGUGAAUAAAGCCACACCCAGAAAAGAACCAUUCUCCCUCCCGGCUUACUGUGGUGAAGACGCCAUAUUUAAUCGUCGUUGUACCACUUGUCAUCAAAGAAUAUUCCCCGAGGGAGAACACUACCUGAUUGCGCAAUCUCUGUUGUUUCAUGUCACGUGUUUCCGGUGUUCUAUAUGUACCACGUGUUGUGACGUCACAGAUUAUUGCUACGUCACGGAACACGAGAAAUUUUACUGCUUACGUCACUAUCAUGAAAUGGUCGCGGCCGGGAUAGGGAUUGGUGAUGAGGGAAGAGUUGUGAACGGUACUGGACCAGGAGCAUUUGCGGGUAGAGUUGUUUGUUGCGAACUUUGCAUUAAUAGUGUCAUGAUCCAGUAAUAUUUCAUUGUCCUUUCAUUGUUUUUAAAAUCUCACUGUUCUCCAUGCCAUCUAGUCAUGAUCCAGUGAUCAGAAUGUUCCAUUGUCUUUUCAUUGUUUUGAAAAUCCCACUGUUCUCCAUGUCAUCCAGUCAUUAUUUAGUUAUCAGAAUGUCCCAUUGUUUUGAAAAUCUCACUGUUCUCCAUGCCAUGAUCUAGUUAUCAGAAUGUUCCAUUGUCUUUUAAUUGUUUUGAAAAUCCCACUGUUCUCCAUGCCAUCCAGUCAUGAUCCAAUAAUCAGAAUGUUCCAUUGUCUUUUCAUUGUUUUGAAAAUCUCACUGUUCUCCAUGUCAUCCAGUCAUUAUUUAGUUAUCAGAAUGUCCCAUUGUUUUGAAAAUCCCACUGUUCUCCAUGCCAAUGUCUUUUCAUUGUUUUGAAAAUCCCACUCUUGUUCAUGUAAUCUAGUCACGCAAGGUACUAUUAUUAGCGCUCAAUGAAAGAUCUAAUAUGACUAGCUUGCUUUGUAUAUUGUGACGAAUUACUGAUGAGUCUAAGAAAUAUAUAACCCAGCAAAGAUAUGCUGUUCCUAACUAAACAUAGCUCAUUUUUAAACUGAUAUUAAAACUUUGCUAUUCAUCAUCCAGAAAUUUCUUUAUCCACAGCUGUUGUCGGCAGCCGACGAAAGCGCAAAGAAAUUGUGAAGACUUUGAUUGAAUUACAAAAUCGUCGAACAAAACUGGCUCAAAUUGCAUUUCAGUUAGAAGAAGCCAUGAAAAUGGCUAAAAGUAAGUACCAGCUAAAAAUUACCAUGGCACUGAUGAAUAGGUUUCACAAAACACUGUCAUGUCGCUAACGGUAGCAAACUUGCAGUUAUCAAUAGAACAGACUGAUCACUGUGAUCAGUGAUUGUCAGAGUGAGAGAUUAAUAGUAGUCUUGUAUUUGGUGGUAGAUAAAUAGAAUUGAGCGACGUGGUUUAAUUUUUUUGCUCUAUAAGUUUCAACAGUUAUGAGGUAGACCACUAGUUGCGGCUUGGCAAAGCUUACUGAAACCCACCCAGUCCCAAAAAUGGUGCUAAAUUGAUGAACGAUGUUUCUUUACAGGCGAGGAAGAGCCAUUUCUAUGGAAACAUUGGUUUGAUGUCACAUACGAGAAGAUAAUGAUAGCAAGAGCCGUGACCGAGUUAGCUUAUCAGUAAGUUGAUUACUCAUGGUGAUGAUGGUGGUGGUCGUGAUAAUGGUGGUGGUGAUGAUGGUGGUGGUGAUGAUUGAUGAUGGUGGUGAUGAUUGAUGAUGGUGGUGAUGAUUGAUGAUGGUGGUGAUGAUUGAUGAUGGUGGUGAUGAUUGAUGAUGGUGGUGAUGAUUGAUGAUGGUGGUGAUGAUUGAUGAUGGUGGUGAUGAUUGAUGAUGGUGGUGAUGAUUGAUGAUGGUGGUGGUGAUGGUGGCGAUGAUGAUGGUGGCGAUGAUGAUGAUGGUGGUGAUGUUAGUGGUGAUGGUGAUGUUGGUGGUGAUGAUGAUGGUGGUGGUGAUGGUGGUGGUGAUGAUUGA